AUUCAAUCGAGAGCACCUGUGGAUACGCAUUUUUAUGUUAGGACAUGUCGUGUUAAUUUCAGUCACAUUAUACCUGGGUGAUGUUGACGAAACGACAAAAACCUCGUGAAAAACACAAGGAACUAGUUUACUAGUUGAAACAUGAAAACAUUGACGCGAUAGUAUGGAUUUUUGCCUUCGUAUCUACAGAAAUAAUAGAACGCUGGUAUCCUAUAGACCCGGUGAUAUUUGGUUUACGUUCUUUUAACCAGAAAAGAAUCUGUUUUUAUCUGUCACUGAAAGAUUCUGUGUACUUUUCACAAAACAGAAUUUGGAAUAUUUCAGAAUUGGAAAAAAAUAUAGUGGCGGCAUGUCCGAACCAGUCUCGCCGCCCCCGAACAGCAACAGUGGCGGUAGCGCGCUCCAACACGCAGCCGCCGCCGUCCACCUGACGCUGUCCCGCAUGCAGUCCGCCCCCACCGGUCACCCAGCGGCGGCCAAUCAGCAGGCUCAGCUGGCGGUGUUGCUAGGCAACCUGACGCAGCAUCACCAUCACCACCACCACCAUCAGCACAGGCGGUUGGAGCGCACGCAGUCCGCGCCUGCGCCGCAACAGCAGCAGCCGCCCCCUUUGCCCGCCUCCGCGGUGCAGCAACAGCCGACCGCAGCGAAUACGUCAAGAUAUAAAACGGAGCUGUGUAGACCCUUCGAAGAGUUUGGCGUAUGCAAGUAUGGAGACAAGUGCCAGUUCGCUCACGGUCAUGCCGAGUUAAGAAGUUUGGCCAGGCAUCCCAAAUAUAAGACAGAGCUGUGCAGGACGUACCACACAGUUGGAUUCUGUCCAUACGGACCUAGACUUUUCGACAUAUAUAUGACAUACUGCAAAGUCCACCAUAUACUACAGCUUCAAUAACAGCGAUGCACUUGAUUUGAUUAACAGUGACCUGAACACACUAAAUAACAUCAG